GAGAACAUAUUUUUUUCUUACUGCCAACACCAGCGAGUGAAAGCCAACACGACCGACUCAAGCGCUGAUAAAUAACAGAAUUGUAAUGUUGGUGCGUAAGUAUUUAAAUCUCCCGCUUUUAAACAACCUACUUUAUUUAUUAUUGCGUUACGUAUACUUUACCUACGUAGGUGUGUGGUAUAUUACUGUCCUUGUUGUUAGAUAGUGAUUAACACCGCAAACACCGGUCGAUUUUGUAGCGAGAACCGACAUAUUUCAAGUGUUAUUAUUAAUAUAUCGAUAAAAACUUGUUUCUGAUAAAACUUUUAACUGUCAUGUAGGUAUUAUUGCUGUUUUAUAGGAAUUUUGUACGUGAAGACUGAUCGAAAUGGUUUUAGCUAAGAAAUACGUUGUCGUAACACCUUUUGUUGGAGAACCAAAAAAGAGUGACUUCGAUAUUGUACAAGAACACCUGCCGGCUUUAAAGGAUGGUGAGUUCCUGGCUGAAGCUGCAUAUUUAAGUGUCGACCCAUAUCAGAGAAUGAAGAUUGGGAAUGCGUUUCCCUGUGAUAUGAUUGGCGGCCAAGUUGCUAGAAUUACCGAGAGCAAAAACAAAGAUUAUCCAGCAGGAUCAUGGAUAAUGGGGCACCUUGGUUGGCGGACACAUACAAUCGUGAACCCAGAGGAAGAUGCGAAGAGAUGUGCCCAAAAACCAUUUCUGUACCGUCUACCUGACUUCGGAGACUUACCUGUUUCUUUGGGACUAGGAGUUUGCGGACGGGUUGGGAACAGUGCUUACUUUGGUUUUACUCAAAUCUGUCAGCCGAAACCUGGCGAGACAGUGGUCGUGUCCGGAGCCGCUGGGGCAGUCGGCUCCCAUGUGGGACAAAUUGCUAAAAUAUUGGGAUGUAAAGUAAUCGGCUUUGCCGGAACGGAUGAUAAAUGCGAAUGGUUAGUAAAAGAGCUUGGAUUCAACUACGCAGGGAACUAUAAGACCGUAGAUAUAGCACAGUUUCUCAAGGAGAGUGCCCCAGAAGGAGUGGAUUGUUACUUCGACAACGUAGGGGGGGAGCUGAGUAGUGUAGUGAUAUCACAGAUGAACCAGUACGGCAGGAUCGCAGUCUGCGGAGCUAUUUCCAGCUACAAUGAAACUAUAGCCGAAAAACGCAGAGCUACAAUGCUCCAGCCCUUUAUCGUCGGCAAACAACUAAAAAUUGAAGGAUUUCAAGUAAAUCGAUUUGCUGAAAGAACUCAAGAAGGUGUCAUCCAAAAUUUGCAAUGGGUGAAAGAAGGAAAGUUAAAAUAUAAAGAACAUAUUUUCGAUGGAUUCGAGUCAGCCGCCGAUGCAUUCAUAGGACUAUUUCGUGGAGUCAACACAGGAAAAACACUUGUGAAAGUGAACUAAAUACACUUUAUUUAGAAAACCUUCACUUAUUCUAUAACAUGCUUAAUGAAAUAAAUCUAAGAUGCACUGACUUAA